AGCGGCUUGCCCGCUCGUCUGGAGCGGAGGAAGGAGCCCCGGACAGGUAAGGGGAUUUAUGAAGUGGGGGGCGGGACACGGGACACGACGAGCUUCGGGCGUUUCUCCCGCGGCUUCCUCUCCUAGCAAACUCAAGGGAGUGUAUGUUCUGAUGGGAUGGCUGCAGGUGGGCUCAGAAGACUAUUUAAUUCGGAGGGGACCCUCUGCUCUCCUUCCUCUUUAGCCGCACCGUAACCACGUUUUUACUCCGAAGCAAGCCCUGUUGGCGGAUCGAUUCCACCGCUGCGCGCCUGUCUCAGCCGCCAAGCGUUGAAUCGCUCCGUCCCCUUAUUGUAAAGGGACCGUGUGGAAUUGACCAGUCUCUCCGUAUCUCCGUAGAAAGACGCGGCAGGGGUGGAGAUGCCGUCUGGAAUCGGAACCGUACUAGAAUCGUAGAGUUAGGAGGGACCACAAGCGACAUCUAGUCCAUCCCCUGCAAUGCAGGAAUCUUUUUGCCAACGCGGGGCUCGAACCCACGACUGUGAGAUGAAGAGUCCGGUUUGCCUGGAAGCGGGAGUGCAGCUGUGACUGGGAGAAUCAAUACUCAGCUGGGAACGUGUAAAUGGAGGAGGGGAGGGGGUUCUUUUUUCUCUCUGCCUCCCUCCCCGCUCUGGUAUCGCAGCCGCGAUUGCUUUGCAGCCGCAGACUUUUGCUGAUGACCCGCUGUGGCUGCUGAUUACCAAUUUCUCUAGUCGAGGCAGCUGGUAGAAAGGAUAUUUAUUUAGCUAUAGAACCUUUCGCAGACUGCUUUUCAGUCCCUAAAAAGAGAGUGAAACAUGAUAAAAAUAAAAACAGAUAGGAAACAGCAGCUUUUUUACUAAAAUGGGAAGGGGAACAAAAGAUAAGAGUUGUUUUUUUUAAAUGCUUUUUAAAAACUCAAGCAAAUAAAAAAGUCUCCAUCAGGCACCAGAAAGACAGAGUUGGCACAAGGUGAGCUUCCUUAGGGAGAACAUCACUGAUACCAUCUACCUGGGAAGGAAGGGAGGGAAACCCGGACAUGGAGCUUGGAGGAAGGUCUUAAUACAUGGACAGGUUUGUGCAGAUAACCGGGUCUUCUAGUCAUUUAGGUUACAGAAUGGAAGCCAAUGCAGUUGCUUUAAGAUUGGUGAGGAAUAGUACACACACACACACACACACACACACACACACACACUGCACCAAUUGAAGUUUCAAGGGCAGCCCCAUGUAUCUUGUAUUAUAGUUGUGCAGAUAGGAAGUUAUCAGAGCAUGGCUAGCUGCCACCUGGCUAGCUCUGUCCAGGACCAGCCAUAGCUGGUGGAAAAUGCGUUGUGUCCCAGGUGUAAUUUGAGCACCCAACAAUAAUAGCUCCCCUCAAAAUAAAAGCUAGAUUAUGUAGGCAGGGUGCAAUCUGGCCCACUAGCAGUAUCUCUGUCUUGUCUGGACUCUGCUUUAGUUUGUUGUUCCUCAUCCAGUUUACUGCUAAUUCCAGAAUUGGCUGCAAAGCAUAUUGUUGGAUCUUUGUGUGUGUUAUUUCACUCUUGGGAUUUUUGUAGUACAGAAAGUCACCACUGGGACUGCUUUUAGCAUUUUCGUUGCUGAUUGAACUGUUGAAGGUAAGGUGUUCCUUGAAACAAAUGUCAAGAAUAUGAAAUGUUAAAGCAGAAACAACUGGAAAAUAACCAGAGUCUCUGUAGAAGAGGUGCUGUAUUUUUAUGAAGUGGCCUGAUCCAUGUCUUGUUCUGCUUGAUUCAGUUAUUUCUGAGAUUUCUAUCUUGCUUCAAACCGCAUAUGAUAUUGUGCCUUUUGUGUACACCAGUGCUUUUUCAGUGGCGUUUUCCUUUUGCAGCUCUUUCUUGAGAGAGCAGCUCCUGCUCCCCCAUUUAUGUUCUGUCAGACAGAAAAAGUUGUACAAGCAAAAUGGCAUUUAAAAAGGAGCUGAAAGCACAAAGUGUUUGGGGCUGUUUUCUUUCUUUCUUUUUUAAAAUGCUCCAGAUUUUUUCCUUUUAUUUUUCCUGUGGAUUGAUGCUGCUGAUUUAUGGAAAGUUUCACACAGUAUAUUUAAAGCACAAGCAACACACAUUUAUAGCCAUGACUUUCCCCAAAGAAUUUUAGAAACUGCAGUUUGUUGAAGGUACUGGGAAAUAAUAGCUCUAUGAAUGGGGAAAUCACAGCUCUCAGGAUUCUUUGGGGAAAGUUAAGUGCUUUAAAUCAGUGUUCAAAAUGCCCCAGGUGUUAGGACCUGUGCAAGGAGCAAAACAUUCCUAUCAUGACUCAGUAGAGAUUUCUGGGCACCAAGUUGGCAAUAGUUAAUACCAUUUCCAUUUCCACUGUGUGUGUUUCUCCUCCUUCCAUACUGGGACAUGUGAAUUGAUGUUAGAGCAAGCUAUGGUCAAGCAAUGUAGUUGAGAUUGUAGAAUCGUAGUGUUGGACGGGAACCCCAGGGUCAUCCAGUCCAAACCCCUGGUGAAUAGACAUUCUGUUGUGGCGACUGUAACCCAGGUUUAAGGUGCCAUUUGUUGCCUGGCUUUCUAACACUGCUUUAAAUGUAUGAUAUGGACCUGCCCUGUAUCUGUGAGAAGCUACGAAUGUUCUUUUUAGCUGAUGGCUAGCAUUUGUGCUCCACAGGGAGAUAGAGAGAUGGAAAUCAUCUUGUAUUUGCUUUUCUCUAUCUGUUUUACCUGUCCAUUAUAUUCUCUCUGGGGAUGUGGGGUAUGGGCAGUAGUCUUCACUCCAACCCAGAUGUUUCAUCUCCUUCUCUUCUUGUAGCCCAUCGCCAUGACCACAUUUCAGAAUUAAGAGUUAUAUGUGAACUAUUUUGUGUGAACCUGUUAGAAAAAAAGUGAAGCUGGUUGGAGGCUCUGCCAAUCAUAUGUAGAAACUGUGUUACAGUGAGGAACAGUACAAUGCAUUACGAAUGUGGGCGAGGACAAAUGAUCAAUUACUGUCAUGCUUUCAUGAAGAACUUAAACAAUUUUUCAUCAGUGAGUGAAUAAUAGCUUUGAGUUGUCUACUCUGGCAGAACCACAGAGUGAGAUUUAUCCCCCCCCCCCCCCAUUGUUGAACUGCUUCAACAGACAUUAGAAUGGAAACAUAAUUGAAAUGGUUCUGAAAACAUGCUGAAGCUGGAUUGGGAAGGACAGAAACAAUGUAUGAUGUGCAGUUCCACCUAAAUAUCUGUGGUUGCGGCACAACUGUGGACCUUGGCAGCUGAACAAUAGUACCGCAGAAUUGUGGAGUUGUAAGGGACCACAAGGACCAUCUAGUCCAGGGGUCUGCAAACUUUUUCAGCAGGGGGUUGGUCCACUAUCCCUCAGAUCUUGUGGUGGGGCGGACUAUAUUUUGAAGGGGAAAAAACGAACAAAUUCCUAUGCCCCACAAAUAACCCAGAGAUGCACUUUAAAUAAAAGGACACAUUCUAAUCACAUAAAAACACGCUGAUUCCCGGACCGUCCACAGCCGGAUUUAGAAGGCGAUUGGGCUGGAUCCAACCCCUGGGCCUUAGUUUGCCUACCCAUGAUCUAGACCUACCCCUGCAAUGCAGGACUCUCAGCUUAAUCAUACGUGGCAGAUGGCCGUCCAUCUGUGACAGCCCCCAAAGUUGGGCCUGCUACCUUUACCAGCCUGGAGCUGUCACAGUUAAUUAUUUUCCCUGUUGGUUUCAGUUGUGGGGGAAGGAAAUUAAAAGGCAAAGAUCUGCUAGGUGAGAAGAAUGGAAAGCAGUGCUCUACUCCCAUCCUGGCUAGCGUGAGCUGGCAGGGGUUUGGAAGUGACAGAUGAUCUGCCCAUCAUUCCUGCUCCCCUAUCCUACAGAGGAUUGCUCUCGCCAUCAUUAGGUGGCAGAGACUACAAGAUGCUUCCAUACAGAUCCCUGCAUUCCUAUUUAGACUACCGUAUAUAGUUCCAGGCUUUGUUAAUUUGUAAAGGCAUUUUAGUGUGGGGGCAUUCUAGGCUGAAAAAUGGGAGGCAAACAACUGGGUCCCUUCCAACUCCAUAAUUCUAUGAAUAACUUGGGUAGAACUUCAUUCAGGAGUUGUUAUCAAAUGAUACUUGGUAAUGUAAGCAAACCCUGUGGUCUUCUUUUUAAAGUGAGUCUCAUGCUGUGCGGUUUAGGGCCUCUUUGCAUAACCAUCCAAAAAUGACGUGAUUGGAGGCAACUAGAAAAUAAAAUGUCAUAUUUGGGGUUGUUUCUUCCUCCUUAAUUGUCUGCACCACUCCCACCUCCCAAAGAAUAUCUGGACAUUAUGAGAAUACUGUAGAUCAGGCACCCCCAACCUGCGGCCCUCCAGAUGUUUCAGCCUACAACCCCCAUGAUCCCUAGCUAACAGGACCAGUGGUCAGGGAUGAUGGGAAUUGUAGUCCAAAACAUCUGGAGGGCCGAAGGUUGGGGAUGCCUGCUGUAAAUUAACUGAACUGUACUGUGGAACAAAAAUAGCUGAUUGUGAAGACACUUCCACGAGCACACUUCCGAAAGCUAAAUAUGCCCAUCUUCUUUGCUGUUUGUUUUUCAACCAGUUCUGUGGGGAAAUGGUGGCUGAAAUAUGAACCAAUAAGUACUGCACAGCAAAUGGUCUUGAGAAAGUAGCUGGGAUCACAGUAGGGUUACUCUGAUAUGUCAUUGAUGGUGGUGAGUAGAAGUGAAUUGGCGGAAUUUAUUCUGAAGUUAAUCCAGAUCCCAGAAUGAAACACUCACAGAGGGGGAAGGGAGGGAGGGAGAAUAUGCCUACAGCAGAGUUGUUAUGGCAGGAUUCAUUGUGAGGGUGAUAAUUGUCGUCUGAAUUUAAAAUUGGUUUGCAGAGAAAAAAGACAGAUCAAGUCUGUGAGAACAGUAUGUUCCUUGAUAGACGCGAAUUUGGCUGAACUGAGUCAGUGCUGCAGGAGAUGGAAAGCUUUUGGGGAAAGCUUGCAAGAGAAGUAUUUGUUGCAGUUCUCUGUUUUUCUGGCUGUUGGGAUUAUAGCAAUUCUGUAUUGCAGAAGAGAACACCACAACAGGCCGAUUGAUGCUUCCAGUCUCCCCUGGUCAAAUUCUGACACUUUACUAAAUAAAAGAAAGCCUCUCUCCAGACUUCUGAUCCUGUCAGCCAGAGGAAUGGACAUAUGUGAUAGCAGGAUCAAAUAUGGUUGCACUAGCGAUGAAUGGCAGAAGGCUACCGCUGGUUCCUGCAACUUUCUGUGAUAAUUUCACUGAACAUUUACUAGAGUUGACCAUGUUCCUAUCCCUUCCUUCAACCCAUGCGUUCAGGGUUGGCAGUCAAGGGUUCAUAUUAAUACAUUCUCCCUACAGCUCUGAGAGGUAGGCUGUCGAGACUGUCACACCGUAAUCUUUGUAGUUGUUUGAACCCAGGUCUUCCUAGUCUCAAUUCAGCACUCAGUUUAUUUUCUCGAGACUUUCAGUAUGGGGGGGGGGAAGGGCUAAAUAAGUACUAGACAAAGGAAAGAAAGAGUAUGAGGAGGAAAAAGGGGGUUGAAGCUUCAGGGUUGCUGAAGAGUCUGUUUGAAAACGAGGACAGAAGCAAAAGACUACAUAUUGCAGACUUACCAUCUAUUCUACCGGUAGAUCACUGGACAUCUGUGGGAGAUCACUGGCUCCCCCUAAAGAAGCUCAACAAGUUUGGCUCCCCUAAAAAAAGCUCAACAUUUUUGUCCUGCAUGCCAAAAAAGCAUGGCUUUCCCCCUCCUUUAAAAAAAGGUUAACAAUCUUGACCUGAACCCCUAAAAAACGGGCCUUCCUACUUCCUAAAAAGAUCACUGCCAGUUUUUAAAGAUCGUAGUCUCUUGGGAGUUGCAUAGUCUCUUGGGAGUUGGCCAUCCCUGAUCUGUUCAAACUACAACCUUUGGUAUCACCCAUUCCUGCAACACUUUCCAAAUAUAAGGUAAAAGGUAAAGGACCCCUGGACGGUUAAGUCCAGUCAAAGGCGACUCUGGGGUUGUGGUGUUCAUCUCACUUUCAGGCCAAAACUUUAUUGAUUACAGAAAUGUGAGCGGUAUUGGCUUAGGCAUUGGCAAAGGACUAUAUCGGACUCCUGCCCCCUUUGCAGGAAGUGAGUAAGGGUAAACCAAAGAGGAAGCCACAUUGGAGGAACCCGCCUGUAGCUCUCCUCGGUGUCUCUAGAGGCCUGGCAUGGCCCUAGCCCCUCAAGCGGACUUCAGACAGGAUUCAGGCCCUGGAUUCCUUUAACGGAAUACCCUUGGUCAAUGGAGGGGCAGGCGAUGGCUGACCUUCCCUCCCCCACAAAUCAGUGAGCCAAUGCCUAACCGCCAAACCUUACGAAGUUGUGACGAUUGCGAAGAGGUAGGUGAAAACCAAGUGGCCAGUGCCAAUCUGCCAAAUGGAAAAAUUCCUACCUGGCCCCCGUCCCAAGACAGGUGACCAACCGAAAUCCAAACCACUGCCAGAGGACAUCUAAAAUAAAGGGUGGGUGGGUGGGUGUUUGGCAGCGUGAAGCAGGUGCCUGACACGCGUCACGCUGCCACUUUUAUAUCCCCCCACGAUCCCCCCCAAAGCGAUUGGCCAAGAAGCCGGGGUGAUCGUGGUGCCACCUUGGCAUAACGGCAUUACUCUGCCCACCCAGUGGAGGAGGAACCGGCCUGGGGGCCUGCCCACAACCAGGACCAUCCUUAAAGAUGAUCCCACUUACCUUCCUGCCACAGUGGUACCUAUUUAUCUACUUGCACUGGUGUGCUUUCGAACUGCUAGGUUGGCAGGAGCUGGGACAGAGCAACAGGAGCUCACCCCAUCGCGGGGAUUCAAACCGUCGACCUUCUGAUCAGCAAGCCCAAGAGGCUCUUUGGUUUAGACCACAGCACCAUGCAUGUGCCUCUUUCCUGUAGGAGUGCAAAUAUCCAGAGUGUGGGGUCAGGUGGGAUUACUAUGAGGAAUUAUAAAAUAUGCAUCAAGCCAUUGUGUCCACGAUGAAUGCAUUGUGUUGACUGGGUUUGAUGCAUUGACAAUAAUUUCUGAUCAAAUCCUACAACCCUCUGCAUCUCUGGCCAUUUUCUCUACUGUCCAUUUCUCUUGCUUGACAAGUCAUGUAUGCAGCCCAGUUGCUUCCAGUUGCUUGCCAGGCAGGCAUCCUGGGUCAUCAAAGACAGUGGGCAGCUUCUUUGAAGUAGCCUUUCUGAUAUGUUAAUCCCAGGAUGUUAAUCUUAGGGCCAGGAAACAGAUCUCACAUGAAGGUGAUAAUGAUCGCUGUCCUCCUGGCCAUCCUUCUUAUCAUGUAUAUUGCUUGUUUAUGAUCUCUGGGGUUGCUGGAUGCACUCCUUUGUAGUUCUCAAUUUAUUUACCCCAUGCUUAAUUAGUUUUGGUAGUUUAACUUUGUCCCCCCCUCCCCCGUGGGGUUUGUUGAAAAGCUCAGAAGAAAUCUGAUUGGUUCUUACAAACACUCUGUAAAAGUUCUUUUGUGAAUAAACGACCUGGGCCGAGGGGUGGAGGGAGACAGAGAUUAUUAUACGCACCCUUCCCAGAGUCUUGCUGGUUCAAGCCUCUGUGUGUAUUCUUAUUAAUCAAAGUUCAAUCCUUCCUUUACUUUGGGUACGCCUCACUUUCCAAAUAUAUGGUACUGCUGACAGCCAUAAGGCAAAGAUGAUUUAUUGAUAGUUCCUAGCUAGCAGAUCAUAUUAUGUCCCCAAGCAUGAAUAACUUGACUGAGUCAUCUCCAGUGAGAUUUUUAGUAAAGACAAGUAGAUUUGAAGGCUUACCUGCAAGAUCUGUUGUUGUUAAUUUAUCUCUGCCAUACCUAGCUUUGGAACGCGCUUAGAAACCCUAUUAUCCCAUCUGUAUUUGCCAAAUAGGUUGGACAGAGGAAGACAAUUGCCUGAACUUUUGUGCUGCACAGUGGGAGAAACAAAGAUCGGGAUAGCAAAGCAAAGCGUGUGCCGAAGCCUCAAAGAAGAUGAGCAGUCAACUUUAUGUCAGAUCUCAGUCUUAUGCUUCUAUAAUGAAGUUUGCUGGGGGAGGUGGUGUUGUGGGCAGGGGGCCCAGUCAGUGAAAGGGCAGACAUGUAAGAGCUGCAAUAAUUGGGCUAAUGUAAUAGUUCAGCCAAUACAAACUUGUUCCACCGUAACUUGAAUGGAUGGAAUUAAACUGUCUACCAUCUGGGAAACUGAAAUGAAGCCUAACCGAAAAUUCCAAAAGGAAUGGAAAUUUACAGAGAUUAUUAAAAAACAACAACAGUAUCCCCAAGUCAAAACCUGGAUUUGCUUUGAUUAAUUUUCGCAAAACACAGCAUGGAUUACAAGUAUAGUAUGCGGAAAACAGUAGAAAUGAAGAAAGGAUAAAAGGAACAGUUUUAAAAAUAGGCAAAAUAGACCUGCGUUGAGGAGGAUGGAAGCCUAUUAGAGAAGAAAAGGAAUUGGGAUUAAAGAAUAUAGUGACAUAAGUCCAUCUGGAAGAACUUAUGGAUUUAUGGUUGUAUGUAUGCUUUUUGUAAGUUUUUUCCUUCCCCCCCCUUUCCCUUUUUGUUUGUUGUUGUCAUUUUACUAUUUUGGUUAUUUUAUUGUCUGUGUUUGUUCACCAAGGAAGAAAACUAAUAAAAAGCAAAUUUUUAAAAAAGAAACUAAAAGAAAAAAUAGCUGCAGGUCUAGGCUGAAGCAAGCUGGAUUUAUUAAAUUGCUUUGAGUUUCUCUAACGUUGAGGAAGGGGCCGACUUAGUUACAAUUUAGUUUCUGCACCCGCUAAUGAUGUGGAAGAUAUGAUUGGGACAUUGCUAAAAUGCUUCUCGUCCAGUGUUAAACAAAACAAAAACAGCAUUUCUUUCUCUUUAACAGAAGUCAUUUUCCUCCACGUGGAAUUGGCCAAGGCUAAUAGUGGAGCAGCCAUUUAGUAACUGAGCAGAACUGUUUAUGGAGGAAAUAAACGUGGUUGUUUUUGUUUCUGGGAUAAAGUACACCUUCAGUUGCUUCUCUGUUACGGCCUCAGACAGCAGGGGUUACUUCAACACUUGCUCUCUCUUGUCCUUCAACUUAGAGCAUGGCAAAAUGGCUUCCCAGUUUGUGAAACUGGAUAUCUCAAGGAAAGAGAUGAGAGGGUGGGUACGAUUUUGGGAAGUACCGUAUUUUUUGCUCUAUAAGACUCACUUUUUCCCUCCUAAAAAAUAAGGGGAAAUGUGUGUGCGUCUUAUGGAGCAAAUGCAGGCUGUGCAGCUAUCACAGAAGCCAGAAGAGCAAGAGGGAUUGCUGCUUUCACUGCGCAGCAAUCCCUCUUGCUCUUCUUGGCUUCUGAGAUUCAGAAUAUUUUUCUUCUUGUUUUCCUCCUCCAAAAACUAGGUGCGUCUUGUGGUCUGGUGCGUCUUAUAGAGCGAAAAAUACAGUAGAUCCAAGAGAAACAUAGCUUCCUCCUUCCUCCCCCCUUCAGAUAGACUUUUAAUAAAAAUAUAAAGUGUCCAAAAUGAUUAGGAUGACGAUUUGUUAAAUUUAUAUACCGCCUUUCAUCAAGAGGCCAUAGGGUGGUUUACACAAAAAAGAAUAAUGCAAUAAUAGUAACAGGAAAAUACAACACUCCCCACACAUCUACAACCCACCUGCUGGAAAUCUAGCAUAGUGUUGCCACCCAGUGCUGAGAGCCACUUCCUGUCUUUCUAGCAAGAAAUUAUCCACCUGUUUUGCACAAUCACGCUUAAACCUUGAGCUCUACACCCGUAACAGGUUUGCAUAGCUGUUUGUGCUAAAAAUCAACACUAGAGUAGUUUGGGUCACUGAAGCAAAGCUUCUCCAGCCCUUUGUGACUGGGUACCAAGAGGAUCACGGAUCUUUGUAUAAAAUCUUUUUAUAAGAUAAAAAAGAUAUGUAAGCUGUACAGCUGGAGCCUUGGUUGUAAUUUGACGUAGCUCUUUCGGAAGGUCAUUUUUAUUUUCUUUCUCCUUCUAACCCUCUUUUGUAUUGUUACAGUAAUUGCUACAGUCAAGCAACCCAAUUAUUUCCAUUUGUAUCUUCCUAGCCAUACUGUACUGUAUUCUUCAGAGGAGAAGCGAAUGCCAGGCACUCUCUACAUCAUGGGUUACCAAACUAAGGCCUGGGGGCCGGAUCCAGCCCGUGUACAGUCCAGGAAUCAGCGUGUUUUUACAUGAGUAGAAUGUGUCCUUUUAUUUCAAAUGCAUCUCUGGGUUAUUUGUGGGGCAUAGGAAUUCGUUCUUUUUUUUCUGUUCCAAAAUAUAGUCCGCCCCCCCCACAAGGUCUGAGGGACAGUGGACUGGACCCACCCCUUGCUGAAAAAAUUUGCUGACCCCUGCUCUACAUAUCUAUGUUACCUUUGGAAAACACCAGGGUUUAAUAAACUGUAUGAAUUUUAAUGCAGUUGCAGACAGCGAGUUGUUAUAAUGUACAGAGAAGUGGAUAAUUUGUUCAUCCGUCAGGGGAGUGUGUGUAUUUGAAUAUCUUAUUUGAACUUAAUAAGCCACAUAAAUUUUAAAUGAUAAAUUUAAGCAGGCCAGCUGUGUAAGACCUUGCGCUGCUGUUCUGGAGAAGUGGGGUAGUAACUUCCAACGUUCACAGUUUUGAGGUGGGAAUUUCUUGAACAAGGCACUGUUUGUUGAAGGCAACUUGAUUGUGUGUUGCUUCCAGUGCUGUCCGCGUGAAUGCAGUGGAGUUCUGCAUGGACGAUAGGACUUCAACUUCCUCUCCUCCCUCUGCAGUCCUCUGUGUGUCCUCAAAAUCUGGAGGUGGGGGGGACCUUCUGGUUCUGGAGCAGAUAUUUAUGGGGCUAGGGGGUGCAAAAAGUUGCAGGGAGAAGAGUAGAAUGUGAAGUUCCAUGGUGUGAGUGGUCAUUCACUUGUGCAACUUUGAAUUCUGCCUUGUAUUUCUGAUAUGCUGCCUUCUGAUAACUGAGCUGUUUAAAAACAUUGUGGCAAAGCUUUAAUAUGUGCCCUGAGAAAAUCCCAGGUUCUGGGCUGUGGGAAGAAGUCAUGGACAACGCCAAAAUGCCUGCAUGUGGCACAUCCCUGGCAUGUCACACUAUUUAGGAGAACAAGACAGAUAGAAGUGAACAGAGCAUUUGUGUUGAAUUGUGAAAGCAUCAGAAAACCUUGGUUUAGUCUAAAUAGGAGAAACUGGAAACAAUGUAUUUAGGUGUUCUUUUUAAUCCUGAAACAGGUGCCUUUUGGUUAUUGUAAACCUCUGUUUGUUUGUUUUGAAAUUUCUUAAGAAGCGAAGAUUUUUAUUUUACGAUAGGAGAUUGCUGUUAUCACUCAUGUGGUUCAUUCAGGUGGGGCCAGGGAGAUGAUGGCAGUGUAUUUCUAAUGAAGCAAUUCCUGCCCUUGAUAGACAAGAAGAGCCCUACUGAAUCAGGCAAAGGGCCUGUCUAGUCCAGCAUUCUAUUUUCCUAUAUUUGAUAAUUAGUAAAUUAUAUCUGUGUAUAAUAAUAAUAAUCUUAUUAAUUAUACCAUGCCCAGCUGACUGGGUUUCCCCAACCACUCUGGACAGCUCCCAACAGAAUAUUAAAAACAUGCUAAAACAUCAAACAUUAAAAACUUCCCUAAACAGGGCUGCCUUUAGAUAUCUUCUAAAAGUCAGAUAGUUAUUUAUUUCCUUGACAUCUGAUGGGAGGGUGUUCCACAGGGUGGGCACCACCACUGAGAAGGCCCUUUGCCUGGUAAAGCCCUUCACACUGGUCACUGAAGGUAGAAAGGACUACUUCAUCUUAUAUUGCAUUCCUUUCUUAGUUGUGCUAAUAUUAGACAUUGACUCUUUCAGUUGUUUUUUUACCAUUGUAUUGUUCCAUGUUUCUAAAGUGUCAAGACUCUAAUGAUAAAGUAUACACACUAUACUUAAAUAUUUCUAUGUGAGCUUGCUUUUAAAAGACAAGUGUUGCCUUGCAAUGGAUAGAUGUGUCUACAGAGACACUCCUUUUCCUUUAUUCUCCUUCCUUAAUACGUUCCCUCUUCCAUUUCUCUUUCUGCCACUAUCAUUUUCUUCUUCUCCUCUGGCAUAUUUCUGCUUUCAUGCCAGGCUCCUCUUCUUCUGCCUUAGGUGUUAUUGGCCAUUUAUAAUAAGAUAGAAUGCUUCACAUAGCCUUGACAGAGUCAUGUCAAUCCUUACUCAUCAUCAAACCUUUUAUUGGCAUCACAUACAAACAUCCAAAACAAAUCAAUACAGAAUAACCACUUCCCCAGUGGCACAAAACAUUUGCUAAAAGAAAGGAGGCAGAGAUCGAGUAAUUAAUCUGGUGGGUCUGCGACUCACUAAGCUGACCACCACCAGGGCCCUGACAUGGCUCAACGGGCUAACCGAUUGGGAAGGCUCUGGGAAUCCUUACUGAUGCUUAGCUCCUGGGGCCAAAGGGAAUCUGUUUGACUGGUCCUUGUACACUGUUUCCCCCAUGCAACAAAUGAAAGUAGGGCACAGGGACUGAGGACCACCACUGUUCCCAGGAGAACACAAGAAGGACCCUGUGGGAUGAGGCCAAAGUCCCAUUGAGUCCUGCGUCCUGUUCUUACAGUGGCAGACCAGAUGCCCACAGGAAGGCCGCAAGCAGGACCUGAGCACAACACCACUCUCGAAACUUGUGAUAACCUGCAACUGGUACUCAGAUGCAUACCAACAGGGGAGGCAGUAUGAACCUUGGACCAGCACCUCCUUGCUCUAUGGGAAGUAGUGAGAAUGAGAAUGAAAAGAGGGGAGAGGGAGAUGGAGGAGGAGGAGGGAAUCAAUAGGGGGCCAUCUGUAACUAAUUGUAGUUCUGUGCUAAGAUCCUUAAACGCUAUCUAAGCUUUAUUUUCUGCUUUACAGCCGCAACCGUUGUUAAUGAGCAUUUAUCAAAGCUACUUUGCUUUCUGGGUUGCUGCAUUAGCUGUCUUGGAGCUCAUUAAUGUAGAUGAGUAAUCUCCAUGGUUCUUCCUAAAUUUCCUUACUUUGCUUUUUGGUGAUGCCUCAUUUCAUCAGCCUGAUUUAUCAGCUGCAGGAACCCACGGAAGAUGGGCAUAAAAUCUCUCAGAUUGACUUGUUUCCUUGUGGAGUGUUGCGCUAAGCUUUUAAAUCUUGGAACUCUGUAUGCACAUGAUGCAUUUUUAUGUGUGUGUAUUCUCUCUCUCUGAUUGCCAUGACAGGAGGCAUCAUCUUGAUGCGGGUGUGUGUAUACACCCACAAGUGUGUGCAUGCAGGAGCAAGGCACUUUGUGGGUGCCAUUAAAUGUAGCAGAAUAGAAUGGGGAGAGACAUGAUCUAUUGAGCACAACCCACCAGGAAGUUCUCUGUGCAAAGCUCCCUGUAAUGGGCAGGAGCAGCAGAAGAGCUCAGUAUACACUGACCUAAGGCCAGAAUCUCAUUAAGCAUUUAUUCUAUUAUUAUUAUUUAUUUCAAUGUGGCUUGAGCAGGGGAACUUUCCACUGGAAUGUGUCACUGCCACACUGUUUGGUGAGCAGACUUCCAUUUUAGAUGUGCCACCUCAAGCACCAUUAUGUCUCUGGCCCAUCCUGUGUGGGGUGGGGGUGGUGGUAGAAAAGCAUCUUGGGAUAUACUCUGAAGUUCAGGAACCAGUGCUGAACAUGUGCUUCCACAGGUAUGAGCCAUGCCAUCAGACAGACUGUUAUUGUUUAUAAAUGGUUGCUGAUGUAAAUAGGAUUUUGCUAUAAAUCUGCAAAGGAUUUUGCCACAGUGUGGCAGGUUUGUCAUCCAGGGCUUUCAUGUUAUAGCUUUAGUACAGUAUUAUUAUUAUUUUUAAAAGAGAGAAAUUUGUCUUCUAAUUUGUAGAAGCCAUCAGAGGACUCCUUGGAUGACCUAUGUGGUACACUUUGUUGCUAGAUUUAUUUGAGGUAUAAGGAGUAAGGGAACACGUAAAACAAUCUGCUGAAUCAUCAAUUUCUACUAGAAACCUGUUGAUAUCAUCACUUCACCCACUACCAUUAUUUGCAAAUGCAAUUUUCCAACAGCUUUCCUGGCCUGUCAGUUCUCUGACUAAACAUUUGCCUGGAGCUCUCAAAUUUAAAUUGAUGUCAUGCAGAGACUCACUAUGGUGAGAAUUGAAGAUGCUGCUGGUGGUUUAAUGAUGCCUUUUGCUUGAGGCAGGUAGAGAAUGUGGAUUAUGCCUUUUGAUAUUUUUUAAAUAUACAGUUUGAUGCUGUGUCUAUUGCCUUCCAAAAUCCCCCUGGCAAAAGACAAAAUUAUGUACCUCUACACUGAGUAACUGAAGGGAGAAAACAGUCUCCGCUAACCCAGAAAUAGUACCUCGGGUUAAGAACUUUGCUUCAGGAUAAGAACAGAAAUCGCACGGUGGCAGUGGGAGGCCCCAUUAGCUAAAGUGGUACCUUGGGUUAAGGACAGUUUCAGGUUAAGAAUAGACCUCCAGAACGAAUUAAGUUCUUAACCUGAGGUACCACUGUACAAUGACGCCUCUUUCCCCUGCCUGCAAUAUAGAACACUUUAGGGAAAAUUUUCCUUGGGGUUAUAAGUACAGUUUCCACAAAAGUCUCUUCAAGUGGAUGUUUUGCUUUCUCUUGUUAAAUGAUAAAUAUCUCAUAAGCACAGGUAGAGAUGGGAAGACCUGGGGGAAAAACUGGAAAAAUUUUCCAUCUCCAGGACCGGAUGGUUUAACCUCAAAAUAUUACAGAACUUUGAAAGACUGGUUAAUUCGACCUUUAACUGAGGUUUGUAAUGAAAUUUUAGAGGGGAAAAGAGCGCCAGAGUCGUGGAAAGACGCAUUUAUUACACUUAUACCAAAGGCUGAGACUGAAAAGACACAGCUUAAGAACUACCGGCCCAUAUCCCUGUUAAAUGUGGAUUACAAAAUUUUUGCUGAUAUUUUAGCAAAAAGGCUUAAAAAAGUGUUAAAAGGAGUGAUUCACAAGGACCAAGCUGGCUUUCUUCCAGAUAGACAUCUUUCGGACAACACAAGGAACGUAAUUGAUAUUCUGGAGAAGCUGCAAGAGGAGAUCAACACUAAAGCAGUUUUGAUUUUUGUGGAUGCAGAGAAAGCCUUUGACAAUAUUUCUUGGAGUUUUAUGAAAAAAAUCUUCCGGGGAUGGGGGUAGGCCAAGAGUUUGAAAAUGGUAUAAAUGCAAUUUAUUCAGAACAAAAAGCUAAAUUAAUAGUUAAUAAUGUGAUAACAGAGGAAAUUAAGAUAGAGAAAGGGACACGACAAGGCUGCCCAAUUUCCCCACUACUUUUUAUUUCUGUUCUGGAGGUUUUGUUAAAUAUGAUAAGAAGGGACCAUCUGAUUAAGGGCAUAACGGUCGGAGCGAAACAAUAUAAACUGAAAGCAUUUGCAGAUGACCUUGUACUGACAUUACAGGAGCCAGAAUCUAGUACGAAAAGAGCAUUAGAACUGAUUCAAGAGUUUGGUCAGGUGGCAGGUUUUAAGCUGAAUAAGUUUAAAACUAAAGUACUUGAGAAGAAUUUAACACCGAUAGAAAAAGAGAGGUUUCAGAAUGAGACAGGUUUAACAGUGGUAAAAAAGUGAAAUAUUUGGGGAUUCACAUGACAGCUAAAAAUGGGAAUUUAUUUAAAGACAAUUAUGAAAAGUGUUGGUCGGACAUUAAAAAAGAUUUAGAAAUAUGGACAAACUUGAAGCUUUCCUUGUUAGGUCGAAUUGCUGUCAUCAAGAUGAAUGUAUUGCCAAGAAUGCUGUUUUUGUUUCAAUCGAUACAAAUAAUAGACAAAAUGGACUGUUUUAAGAAGUGGCAGAGAGAUAUUUCUAAGUUUGUCUGGCAGGGCAAGAGGCCUAGGAUAAAAUUUAAAAUAUUGACUGAUGCUAAAGAAAGAGGGGAUUUGCCCUGCCAGACCUUAAACUUUAUUAUGAAUCAGCAGCUUUCUGCUGGUUGAAGGAUUGGCUACUUCUGGAAAAUACUGAUGUUUUGGACUUAGAAGGAUUUAAUAAUGUGUUUGGGUGGCAUGCAUAUUUGUGGUAUGACAAGGUGAAAGCUCACAAAAUAUUUAAAAACCAUAUUGUCAGGAAAGCAUUGUUUAAUGUCUGGAUAAGAUACAAAGACUUAUUGGAGAACAAAACCCCAAGGUGGCUAUCACCAAUGGAGGCAAAGGCCCUAAAAAAGUCCAAUAUGGAGGCCAAGUGGCCAAAAUAUUGGGAGAUCUUGGAACAAGAAGGAGAUAAAUUCAAAUUGCAGAGUUUUGAAAAAUUAAAAGACAGAGUGCGAGACUGGUUGCAUUACUACCAAAUAAGAGAGGUUUAUAAUUUGGAUAGAAAAAUUGGCUUCCAGGUGGAAAAAUCAAAGUUGGAAACAGAACUGCUAGAUUCCAAAACUAAAACACUUUCAAGAAUGUAUAACUUGCUGCUAAAAUGGAAUACUCAGGAUGAAACGGUAAAAUCUGCUAUGAUUAAAUGGGCACAGGAUAUUGGACAUAACAUUAUGUUUGCUGACUGGGAAUGGUUAUGGACCACAGGUACGAAGUUCACAGCAUGUAAUGCUUUAAAAGAGAAUAUUAUGAAAAUGGUGUACAGGUGGUACAUGACCCCAGUUAAGCUUGCAAAAAUCUACCAUUUGCCCGAUAAUAAAUGUUGGAAAUGUAAGGAAACUGAAGGUACAUUCUUUCACCUUUGGUGGACGUGCCCAAAGAUUAAGGCCUUCUGGGAAAUGAUAUAUAAUGAGUUGAAAAAGGUAUUUAAGUAUACCUUCUUAAAGAAACCAGAGGCCUUCCUCUUGGGCAUUGUUGGCCAAUUGGUGCCAAAGAAAGAUAGAACUUUCUUUAUGUAUGCAACAGCAGCAGCAAGAAUACUCAUCGCAAAGUAUUGGAAGACACAAGACUUACCCACUCUGGAAGAAUGGCAGAUGAAGGUAAUCGAAUAUAUGGAACUGGCGGAGAUGACUGGCAGAAUCCGUGACCAGGGAGAAGAGUCGGUGGAAGAAGAUUGGAAGAAAUUUAAAGUCUAUCUACAGAAAUACUAUAAAAUCAAUGAAUGUUAAAUUGAAGUCUGAUUGAAAAUAACUGGUAUUGGCAAAAGCCUUGGGAUUAAGAGUAUGGAAUAUUUGACUGAUAAGGUUGUAAAAAUAUUUAUAUAUAAAUAGAUUAAGUUUUCUGAGUUAAGAUAAUGAAAGGAGGGUAAGGAUUUGCUGAAAGGAGUUCUUAAAUGGAAAUACAAGCGGGAGGUGCGGGGAAGUCAAAGAACCAGGUAAAGAUAAGAAGGAUAAAUGAAAGUAUAAUAUUCUUUGAAUUUCUUUGUCUCUUUUUCCUUUUUUCCUUUUUCUCUUUUUGUUAUGGAUACUGUUAUUUCUGUUUGUUUUUUGUCAUGGUUAUUGUUGUUUUUUGUUUGUUGAACUUUUGUAAUUUUGUAUUUUUUUGGAAAUUCUUUUUUUUGUAAAACCAAUAAAUAUUUUAUAAUAAACAAAACAAACAAAAAAAAAAACUGGAAAAAUUUUCCUGCCCCCCCCCCAGGCCUUCCCAUCCCUAAGCACAGAAUAGCCAUCAUUGGUGGCCCAUCUUUUUUUUAAAAAAAAAAUCAUCCAAGGAUUGGGCAGUCCUCCCACACUUGUUGCAAAGGGAUCCAGGCAUUUGAAGUCUCUCUGGCUGGUGUACCCAUUUCUUAUGUUUAUGUUCAUGCUAAUAAAAGCAUCAGUUGCUGAUUUCUGAAUAUCAGAUCGUUGUUAAGGAGCCAGAAAGGGUGAGGGAUCCACUCCCUUUUCCUGGUCAGGUCAUAUUUUGAUUAUGUAUUCUGUGUUUUGAUAUCGUGAUUUUAUUUUGUGAACCACCCUGAGACCUGCGGGUAUAGGGUGGUAUACAAAUUUAAGAAAUAAAUAAAGUGCUGAUCUAGCCCUUAGGGGAUCAAAUGACUGUAUUGAGGCCAUUGCCAGAUCAUGGAUCUGUUCUGUUGUUAAAAGUUUCUUAAGGAUGUAAAAAGCUUCAUAAGGAUGUACAGUGGUACCUCAGGUUACAUACGGUUCAGGUUACAUACGCUUCAGGUUACAGACUCUGCUAACCCAGAAAUAGUACCUCGGGUUAAGAACUUUGCUUCAGGAUGAGAACAGAAAUUGUGCUCUGGCGGCGCAGCGGCAGCAGGUGGCCCCAUUAGCUACAGUGGUGCUUCAGGUUAAGAAAAGUUUCAGGUUAAGAAUGGACCUCCAGAACGAAUUAAGUUCUUAACCCGAGGUACCACUGUACACUUCACUGCAGUGACUGCAAGGUAUCAGGGGUGGCGUGGAGGGACUGGAGCAACAUUUGACCUCAAGCUCAAAGGGGGAGUCAAAUUCAGACACUUGUUAUGAGGGGGGCCAUUUGAAGUGGUUGUGUGAGCCAGGAACUUGGCUCCUUCUCCUGCUGUUGUGGAGGGGAAGCAGCCUCCAGCCCAUGGCAGCAGCAGGAGGCGGCGAAGGAACCCCGGCCAUGGAAGCUGAGCUGCCUGGCUGUCUCGCCAGGCACUGUGCCCAAUGUCGCGACAUUGCAAUCCACAAUGUUGUGCACAACGUAAGCCCCCACAAUAUCUUUCCGGAGUCUGAGACUCAUUAGCUAGUCGUUCAUCUCUUAUUAAAGAAUACUAUGUUAGCACUUCAGUUGGUAGCAUACACUGUUUCUGAAAGCUGACAAGCUUAAAUAAGAGCAGGGAGCAUGAGAGGGAAAGUGGUGGGGCAGGGAGGAGGAAACAAAUCAUCAAAUGUGAAUGAUUAACAAAAAUGAUCUCCCUCCCCCUUGCCCCAGUUUCCCUGCGUCACUCAGGUGUACAGGACAGAAUGUUGGGUUUGAUCCCAUGAAGUGCACUGAUUGGGUAUGCUAGCAAUCCUACGUUUUGUCUGCUUUGUGAAGUUGGCAUGAUAAAUGUGGUAAAUGCUAAAAAUGGGUGUAUGUUGACUAAUGCUUUCAGUGCAGUGAAUAAAUGUUUGUAUGCACCCACUGAGCAGACAACUGGAAAAUAACAUCAUGCCCCAGAGUUCUUUGUUAUGAGACAUGAGGUGAUGAUUAGAUACUGAGAGUCAGUUGGAAAGUGGCUAUACUUAAAAGUGAAAGGGCCCUGGCAAGAAACUGAACGUGGAGCACAUGCUUUCGUCUGAAGAACUGAAAGAAAUGAAUGGCUAUCACAUUUUCUUUUUUUUUAAUGCUAGUAGUUAGUUUUAGAAUUAACAGAUUACCUCCUGAGGCUGACUAGAGUGUACACUUUUUUUCAAAACUGCAGAAUUUAUUACGAACUGCCUAUCAAAAUUAAGAGCCCAGCUAUUUUUAAAACACUAAGCCUGCAGAGGGUUUUCAAAAAUCCCUCUGUGACAGGUACGCUUGGAUAGCGAGAGAAUACCAAAUAGCCUGUACUGCACCAAACAGUCUUAAUAUAUGUGCACACAUUUUUCAGAGUUCUCUUUCCUCUAAAGUGGAAACGGUUGUGAGGCUUCAACUUAUUAAUGUCCUUUAAACUACACUGAAGGCGCCUGAUUGUGGCAUUGUGCUACACAUAUAAGCAUACAUUUGUAAACUAUGCAAACAUAAAAUGAGGGCUUGUAAUAAUUGCAAGCUGUCUCUGAAUGGAUGAUAACGCAGCAUUAUGUUCCUUUUAUGUGUCUACAGCUGGUCCACAGCACCUCACUUUUAGCAUAAAAUCUAUGAGCCCCAGAGAGUCCAGGUGGCGUAAAGGUUAGAGUUUUGGACUAGGGCCUGGGAAGGCAGAGUUCUGAUUCCCACUUAGCCAUGAAGCUCACUGGGUGACCUUGUGUCUGUCUCUCAGUGUCCCCUACAUCACAGGAACGUUGUCAGGGAGAGAACCCUUGUAUGCCAGCUUGAGCUCCAUGGAGGAAAGGCUAUAUAUAGCCUGACAUCAGUCCUGGAAUCACCUUGUGUUCAGCCGCUUCAAUGCUGAUUUUAGCCAUCCAUCAACAGACUGCAAAAGGUGGAGGUGAAGGCUGGCAUUUGUAAGAGAAGAGAACUGCUGCUGAUUGGAAUGAGGAGUCGUGGGUAGAAAGCUGAGAGGUUUGGGGUGGGGGCUUGGUUCAGAUGCGUUUUUUCUGCUAAAGCUUGUUGUCUUUGCAUUUCUGUAUUGAUACAGGUUGGAGAUGGCUGGACCCAGAUUUAUUUCCAACAGAACAUCCCACCACUCUUUGCUAUCGAAUUCUGAUUAUACUUGGGAAUAUGAAUAUUAUGAAUAUGGGCCAGUUUCCUUUGAAGGCCUCAAGGCUCAUAAGUGUAAGUCUUAAUAUGGAAACUCUAUGUUUUGGUUGUUUCAAUUACUAAAACUCUUCAUUCUCAACUCGAAUGUCAAGAAAAUGCAUUUUUGAAAUUGCGCGCGCGCACACACACACACACACACACACACACACAAACACACACUCUUAGUCAAUUUGAUAGCACCGUUGACUUACCCCUUGUAAUUUUCUUAAAUAUUUGUGCCCGUAGUUUGAGAACAUGGGCUUUACAGAUAGGGAAGGGGGCAACCCUGACUUCUGAGCCAGGAAUUUCUUUUCUUUUAUGAGCACCAGUCAUUUCAGGAUCACUCCAUGCCUCAGGGGUAGAUGGCGAGCUUCUUUUUAGAUUGUCUCUGCUCAUCCUAUGUUUCAUGGCCUUGCUAAUAAUCACAUAACCUCAAUUUGUUCCUGUAAUCUGAGCUGUUCUUUGCCAAGACUGUUGUGAUGAGCACUACAUAGUCCUUUAUGAAAGGAGGCUUAUCAUUCCAAAUGGAAUUUGCCAGAGUUGUAUGCAGAACGUCAAAUGUGAGCAGAGCAUAAAGAAGCUGCAAUCAGCCUUAAUUAUAAGCUGCUUUACUCUGCCACGCGGUAAUCGUUCCUUUUAUUGUUUGAAAAUUAUAUAGCUAAGAAAAAAAUAGCUUUUAGUAUCUUACUUUUGUGUUCUUGCUAUCAUUUGAGUUCGCCUUCUUUGCUGGUUUUAAAUUCAACCCCCUGGACUAUUGGGAAGGAAAUGCCACAAUGUGUGUGUUUGUGUGUAUGCGCACGGACCUAGCUGGUUGUUUCCCAUGCUAUACUUGUGCUAGAGGAAUCUUUGCAAAGCAGCAGCAGUGGAGAAAGCCGUUCAGGCGCUUGGGGCGGAACGUGUGCCCUAUGCCCAGGGCCGUGCCCUGCACCCAUGGAUGGGGCCAGCCACCUGCAGAGCGGGGCCAUCUGGGGCAGGACGCUCCAUGGGGCCUCUGAGGAGUCUGCCUGUCUCCUCCCACUCAGCUGCCCUACUGCUGAGGGGGAGGCAACGGGCGGACUGUUUGGGGCAGCGCAGAACCUGUGGGCACUCAAGCCACCGCCUCACUCCCAGGAGAGACGUGUGGCUUGGGUGCUCUGCAGGCCUCGCAGUGAGUGCCGCCUGGCAUUUUGUCACCUCUCUCAGUUGUGACACCUGGGGCGGCCCACCCCCACUGCACCCCCUUCCUCCGCCCCUGCAAAGCAGCACAGUUUUUCUUUGCCUGAUUUCACUGACAGUGUAUAUUAUACAAGACUCUGGCCCCGAUCCAGAGUUCUUUACAUGACUGGCAGUGCAAGUUCUAACAUCACUGAUCACCUGCUGCAAGUUAGAGAGGAAGGUAGGGAGGGGAAUUUAGGCACCCCAGCCUGCUCACAAGUGACCCACACUGUGAACAGCUGACACAGACAGUGAUAUAUGUGGAUUGUACAUAUAGCUGGGGGCAGUAGCACGCACAAAUACAUUUCUGUGCAGAGUUGAACCUCACCAAAUCAGGGCUUGACAAAAUGUACACGAAACAUAAUCAGCCAAGGACUGGGCAACAGCUGGUUCAUUUUUCAUUUUUGUAUUAAUGGAAAUCUAAUGUACCCACAGCGAUUAAUCUCCCUCCUUCUCUGCUUCUCUUACAGAUUCGAUUGUGAUUGGGUUUUGGGUUGGCCUUGUUGUCUUCGUCAUUUUUAUGUUCUUUGUACUGACCUUGUUGACCAAGGCGGGAGCACCACACCAAGAGUAAGUACCACCAAACAGACGUCUAAGGCCCAGGACCCAGGUGGCAGCAGCACCUCUGUUGCCAUAGCUCUUUGGAAUUCGCUCAGAAAUAGAGUAGACCCAACACAGCUUAUGUUUUAGCCACUGUACAAUUCUAUGUAACAUGUCCGUUCUGAAAAGACGAUGUCCCCUUGAUCUUGUCAAUGAAGGCAUGCCAGUUACUUCAGUGAAGAAAAGGACACAAGAUGGUGGUUUAUGGCAAGGCUUGGAAGCUGGGGGAAAGAUGGAAAGGGCAAAGUCCCAUCAGCCUUCUUUCUCCCGCACCCCCAAACCAGGAUGUCUGGAAAUAAAUCAGAUAGCCUAAUGAAUAUUUGAGAUGAGGAAUAAAGAACUGGCCCUGUGGAUGGAGCUGGACUCCAAUUCCCAUCAGCCUCAGCUGGCAUUGCCAAUGGUUGGGAGUAAUGGGAAGUGUAAACCAUUGACAUCAGGUGAGCCACAGGUUCCCCAUCCCAGUUCCAUAACCAUUGGGAAUACAGAAUGUCCAGCUAUAGGGUUUAGCUGGCUUGCAGGAGGCAGAGGCCAUCUAUCGCAAACCUUUUCUGGCAGAUGGAUUCCAACACAAUUUUAUCCAUUCUCUGAGUGUAAGGGUGCUCCCCUGAAAAGAAGUUUAGUGAUUUUAUUUAAAUUGGUAUGGCUUAGGUUUUGUUUAUAACUGGGUUUUUUAAAUGAAAAUUACAAUUAUGUGGAAAACAUUCAAAAUUCCUGGGGAUUUUUUUUAACCGUUGAAAACACAAAAUUACAACUGCAUGUCAAGCUUCUCCUUUUAAGAAGAGUAUCUGGAGAGGACAAGUAUUUCCAUUCAGUUGCUAUGUUAAGUUUGUGUUUUCACAGGUGUUUUGCUUUAUUGUUAUCAGAAAUGUAUGGUUUGUCGUGGGGCAGGGAGGACAGUCCUUCCAAUGAACUCUACAGAAUUUGCAGCACUUAGGGUUGGUUCAGAUUAGGCAUGUAAUCAAUUGAUUAGUGUAGGAUAAGGGCAAGCCAUUGACUCAAGAGAAUGGGGAGGGCAUUUCUUUUGCCAUCCUGUCUCAGCCCAGUCUGUUUCCAGAGAGUUUUUUGGCACCUGAUCUUUUAUACUGAGUUCCUAAACAAAAUAGUGCCCAAUUUUUCACCCACCGCUCCUCUCUCCUUGCUUCCUAGCACUACGGACUCUUCUGAGAAAAGGCUCUGCAUGAACAACUUUGUGGCAGACUUUGGAAGGCCUCUCGAUUCUGAUAGGAUCAUUUCUCAGCAGGCUGCUGAGGAAUCCAGGCUGCUUUUUCACUGCUACAUCAAUGAGUAUGAGAACAUGGACAGGGCAAAGCAAUGCCAGAGAGUGCCAGUUAUGGACAGUAACAUCCAUUUUCAGGAAGUAAUUCAAAGCAGCGAGGGACUGGAGGAGGAGCUGAAUAGCCAUGCAAAAUUCAACAUCCCCAACUUUGUGAACACUGACCAGAAUUCUUCCCUGGGUGAAGACGACCUGCUGAUUUCAGAACCGCCUAUCAUUUUAGAGAGCAAACACUGAGUCCAGCCUCCCACCAGAUUAUUGACUGAAGAAUAUUGAGCAAGGUAUUUCUUACAUUAAAACAGAACACAUUUCUCCUUUACUUUCUAUCCUAUUUUUCAUUGGUGAGUACAGGACUACAGUUGAAUACACUCUGGUAACCAGCAUGGGAUAGUUCUAUGUGGUCUUUUUAAGUGUUUGAUGAAGCCAGAGCUUUUUACACUGCUUAUUGUUUUAUUUCAUUUUAUUUCUAGAAGUACAGAACAGCUGUUUAAUAAGGAAGUUAUCCAUGCUGGAAUAUGAUGGGAUGUGAGAGUUGUUGGAUUGUGUACAUGUGAAGCCCCUGAGUGUGUUUGAAAGUCACAAAACUCUUAAGCCUUGCAUUUAAGCAAGCUAAGAACACAACCCUCCAAAAACUCAAUUCAGAGGAAGUCAAUUGUACCUAAGUGUUGAAAUAAAUGGGAUUGCCACAAUUUAUCUAAGUCCUGUUGAGAUCAAAGGACUUAAGUAGCGAACUCUGCACUGAGGUCAAUGGCUUUACAGUGAGACAUAGUUCUAUGUAAUUUAGAAGUAGUUGGACAUUCUGUGGCGAAAGCCUUAUGCCAUAUGCUGUGUUGCAGGAAUGAGUGGGUAUCUAUGCUGUAUGUGUGCUUUAUAAUCCUCAUAAUGUGCAAGAACUAUUCUUGUGUGUUCAGUCAUAUGUAUACCACAUAUACUUACUGGGACCAAUUGUCUAGCAUGUUUCUUGCUUGUAUACAAAAAGCCCUGUAGGUAUACAUCAUGCUCAGACAAGUACCUUCUAUUCCCUUAUGUUCCCAUAGUUGUGUUUUUCCUAUUGAAAAAGUAAACGGAGAUGCUCUUAAUUGGUUUCCGUGUGAAUAGCAUGUUUUGUUUUGCUUUUCUUUAUGCUUGAUCCAGGAGUGUAACUUCUUGAUAUACAUUAUUUCUCCAGUACUAUUGUUUGAAAUAAACUGGGUUGUUGAUUUUUAUAUUAAAAAAUAAAGCCUGCGACCUUCUGUGAACUGCC